ACGUCGCUGUCUGCUGGAGGACCGUCUGUCUAAAAACCCAACGUCACCAAAUUCACCUCAGCUCUUUAUGUGUUUGGUUGAACCAGCAGUGAGUGAACGCACAGCCUCUGCUCCCUCUGCUCUGCUCUGCGCUGUAUUGUUGAAUGGACCUGGUGUUGUGUGUCUCUGGCGCCUCUAGCUUCAGCUCUGCGCCACUUGAGAGUCACACUGCAUUCAGUCUUUGUGGAUCCAGGUUGUGUGAAUGAAUGGAGGAGACCCGAUUGUUGCUGAGAGAGAGGCGGCGGACGAAAUGUGUUGGACUCCGGCUGCACGUCGUCUGAAGUUGCAGGACACAGAACCAUCCACGGAUCUGCUUCUUUAAAGACCCAGGAGAAGGGUUUUACGCGUAAUCCCUUACCCGCAGAGACCGAUCCACACCAGCAGACGUUUUUUUUUCCCCCCUUCUGGACGUCGAGGAGAUCUUUUUCGCGUGCGCACAGCCAGCAACAGGUUAUUUACAGCUCAGCACGGCGUCCAACUUGCAGCUGUACCCCAGUGCUUAUUAAACCUGGGUUAACUUUUGUUUUUGGACACCGAGGGAUGCUUUUUGUGACACUCUUUCCCGUGCAUUCACUGUGAUGUGAGGUGCAAGCUUUGUGCUCACCACCAACCAACCAACAGAUCCACAAGCUGAGUGCGCUGCUGCUGCUGCUUCUGAGGUGGUUGGCUGCAGACAUGGAAAAGAAUAUGCCAUAGAGGAGACUGCUAAUUAAACGUUUCUGGGUGAUUAAAGUUGAGUCAACAUCCCAGACAGACACACAGAGGAGCUGGUUGUGUUUCUUCAACAAGGACUGCAUGCAUAGAUGGUGCCAAACAAGUGGACCAUGAAUUCAGUUCUGCACAAAUCGCCACCAAGGAGCUGGCUGGGGCUCAGAUUACGUAUCAAUGACAAGCCUGUCCAGGAGGAGGACUGGGUGGUGUGCCAGCACCCUGAGUGUCCUGAGCGAAGGAGGGCCUCUAAGGUUUGCCACCACCCAGACUGCCAGGACCUGAAUAGCAAAAGCCCCCUUCACCUGUGUGAGUCAUGUGACUCCCGCAGCCAUUCAGAGAACACAGACAACAUGCACUUUGACCGGCACCCCCGAUUUGACUUACAACCUCAAGCCUCCAUCCUGGCUCGGAACGUGUCCACACGCUCCUGUCCCCCUCGCACCAGCCCCCCCUCUGACCUGGAGGAAGAGGAUGAGGGGAGCAACGACCGCGGGGAGCGUAAAACAGGGGGGAUGAAGCUAGUGAAGAAGAAGCCACGGAGGCGGCACACUGAUGACCCCAGCAAGGAGUGCUUCAGCCUCAAGUUUGAUCUCAACGUGGACAUAAACACAGAAAUAGUACCUGCGAUGAAAAAGAAAACCCUGAGAGAGGUGCUGGGUCCAGUAUUUGAGAGGAACGGCAUUGAGCUGUCCCGGGUUGACUUAUUCCUGGAUCAGUCUAACACGCCGCUGUCCCUGAACUUCGAGGCGUACCGUUUCGGAGGACACUACCUCAAAGUCAAAGCGCGGGCAGGCGAUGAGCUGAAGGUGGAGCAAGGCGUGAAGGACAUGCGGUCUCUCAGUCUGCCUAACAUGAAGCCCUCUGCGGGUCAGAGCCCUUACAUCCUCACCCCCGGCACCGAGAAGGUGGAACACGGUUCUCUGGGACGCAAAGAAAACAUCGAUCUGCUGGGUCAGGCCCGACGCAGGAAGAACAUGACGGAGUUUCUUGGGGAAGCGAAUAUCCCAUCCCCGGACACUCUGAGUCAGAUCGGCGGCUCUCUGCCGGGCGUUGGAGCCGGACCGGACAGCUGGAAGAACCGUGCCGCCAGCCGCUUCAGUGGCUUCUUCAGCUCCAACGCAGCUCCCUUUGGCAAGGAGGUGGACCGUCUAGAGCAGCUUCAGAGUAAGCUGCACUCCUACACGCUGUUUGGGCUGCCCAAGGUGCCGCGACAGCUCUCCUUCCACCAGGACUCCUGGGAGGAGGAGGAGGAGGAGACCAACCUGGCGCUGGAGGACAGUUGGCAGAUGCUGCUGGACAACUCAGAGACGUUGACAAGGCGACAGUUCCACCAGCAGGAGGCAAUAUGGGAGCUGCUGCAGACAGAGGCCACAUACAUCAAGAAGCUCCGAGUUAUCACUGAUCUGUUCCUGUGUGGGCUGCUGAACCUGCAGGAGAGCGGCCUGCUGACGGAGGUGGAGCCCGCCAAGCUGUUCAGCAACAUCCAGGAGAUCGUCCGCCUCCACACGUCCCUGUGGAACCAGGUCAUGCUGCCGGUCCUGGAGAAGGCCAGGCAGGCGCGGGCGCUGCUCGACCCCACUGACUUCCACAACGGCUUCAAGACGUUUGGCUCCAGGUUCAAGCCCUAUAUCCGUUACUGCAUGGAGGAGGAGGGCUGCAUGGAGUACAUGCGCACGGUUCUCAGGGACAACGAGCUCUUCAGGACCUACGUCACGUGGGGAGAGACUCACAAGCAGUGUAACCGUCUGAAGCUGGCCGACAUGCUGGCGAAGCCUCACCAGAGACUCACCAAGUAUCCACUCCUGCUGAAGAGUGUGCUGAAAAAGACAGACGACUCAUCGGCACGGGACAUCGUCAACAGCAUGGUGGCAGCAGUCGAAGGUUUCAUCAACAGCGUGGACUCUCAGAUGCGACAGCGGCAAGAGCAGCAGAAGCUGGCCACCAUCUCUGCCCGCAUCGACUCGUACGAGGCCGUAGAGGGCAGCAGUGAGGAGGUGGAGAAGAUCCUUAAGGAGUACAACCGUUUCGACCUGAUGGCUCCCAUGAGGGGAACAUCACCGGAGGAGACCCGACAGCUGCAUCUGGAGGGAGCGCUGAGGAUGAAAGAAGGCAAAGACAGUCGGAUGGACGUCCACUGUGUCCUCUUCACUGACCUGCUGCUCAUAACAAAGCCGGUUAAACGAGUGGAGAAGGUGAAAAUCAUCCGACAGCCGCUCCUGAUUCACAACGUCGUCUGUAAGGAGCUCAAAGACCCCGGUUCAUUCAUCCUCAUCUACCUCAACGAGUUCAAGAGUGCAGUGGCUGCCUACACUUUCCAAGCCAACAGCGCCUCCCAGGGGCGAAGCUGGAUCGAUGCAAUCUGCAACGUCCAGAAUCAGCUCCAGAGGCUCCGCUCUGAGGAGGACCUCCGACAGCAGAGCAGUCUGAAGAGGUGCACCGGCAGGGAGGAGGAAGAGGAGGAGGAAGACGAGAGCAGCAACUCUGCUGCCAGUUCACCGUGUCUGAGGCACAAAGAGCAGCAGAACUCAAGCCAAUCGGAUGGCUCCACUGAGACUCUGUCAGUGAUGGACAUCGAUGAACCUCCCACCCCCAACACGAACACGGAGCAAACCACUAAAACAGACUCUGAUGAAUCCCCCCCGUCUGAAAGCUCUGAAGUCCAGCAGUCUCACACCUCCAGUCCCCGCAGAGUCCCCUCCAGUGUUUACUCAGAGACGGGGCCUGACGGGGAGGACCUGGACCCCCAGUGUCGCUCCCUCUCCAUGGACAGCGCCUACGGGACCCUCUCUCCAGAGUCCCUCCUCAGAGAGCUCCAGCCACAGCGGGGCCAGAGCGAAGGAGAGGAAACUGAGGAAGAGGAGGGAGAAGACGCAGGACUGGAGGAGGCUGAGGAAGAGCAGGAGGAAGAAGAGGAGGAAGAGGAGGAUGCAGGCUCUCUGGGUUCUCAGGUAUCUGUAGUCCAGUCGUCAAAACCUCGCAGGCGGCCUCACGUUCAGCCUCGAGUGCACUGCCUCCAGAGGCUGUCGUCUAUGACUCUAUCCCGCUCUGAGGACAACCUGCUGCAGCGCCUCUACGGCAGAACCCCGGCCUCCCACAAACACUCACUCAGCGAUGAGACCCAGGUCCAAUCAGAGGGCAGGGACAAGGACACAUCAACUCUUGCACACAGUAAAAGCAUGUCCGAGCUCAGUCAGAACUGCCUGGAGCUGUUUACAAGCGACAUCGAUCAGUCUGACGACAGCCUGAGCGUCAGCCUGCCCUCUGACAAACUGUGUGCCACGCUGAAGAGGGCGGAGGCCAGGCAGGGCCCCAAGGUGGCUGCAGGACCAUCUGAGAGCAACACCAGCUCGGACGGGGAGACGGCUCCAUCUGGUGGCGUGGAGAGGAAAAGCGAGUCGACAGCAGCUGGUGAUUCAGGGGAAACGUCACCAAAGAAGAGGAAGUCACCGGCUCAGCAGCACAAGAAACUAACGCUAGCUCAGCUCUACAGGAUACGCACCACUCUGGUCCUCAACUCCACCCUCACUGCAUCGGAGGUAUAAUGACCACUCCUCCAGCUCCAGCUGUUGGUGGAAAUAAGGAUCAACACUUUUUUUUUGCUUCAAAAGGACUGAAUUUGUUGAGACACAGAUGCACUCUCUCUCUUGCUGCCCUCUCCCUUCUUUGUUGCUUUUUUUGGACACUGAUCGAACAACUUCUGCAUUUGAACAAUAACAAUCCUGUUUUUGCUGUUGCAUUGGUUUCCUGAUUAUUAUUAUUAUUUUUGGGGGGAUUGGAGGGGAGAGGCAGAGAGACACAUUAACUGCUUGCACUUUGCAACGGAAGUAGCAUUAACCGGGGACGAUAUCUGGAGCUGAACCCUGCAACUUCUUCAACUCCAAAAGAGGGACACUAAGACUUGAAAAAAACGCUCUCUUACAUGUGGCUAAAAAAAAACGAGAAACACAGCACCUGGGACGUCCUCCUGAUAUUUGUACUACCCCUGGUUUGCUUAAAGGAAAGAUUAAAAAAAAUUGCACAGUUAUCUAUGUUAAGUAGAAGAAAUCACUAAAAGGAGUGAAUCUACAUUUACAGUCACAUUGAAUUUGAGUUAAUUAUUUGUUUAUGUCUGGUUGUGUACAGAUGUAUGUGUGUGAGUGUGUGUGUGUGUGUGUGUGAGUAUUUGAAUGAAUGACAAACAGUCCUUGAUUCCUGACUGAACCAAAACUGAUUUACCAUCUCCUGUGAGCAUGCUAACUCACCCAAAGAGAAGACUUGAGUAGCCGAUAGAUUCCCAAGAAAAGUGCACCCAAAGACCCGGACAGACUUCCUGAUUUACUGUUGAACUAACGCUGUAAGACAUGUGGAGCUAAUAUCAAAAUAAUGACUGAAAAAUAGUUGACUAUGGUUUGUUUUUGAUGAUUCCCCUGCACUACCUUCACCAUGCCACGAGUGUGUUUUCACUCCUGAGGCCUAAAUAGAUCAAAACCACACGCACAAGUGCAUGAGGGAAAAACAACACACACACAAAAAAGAGAAGUCCACCUUGCAUGUGUUGAACCCUUUGUCCUCUUACACAUUUCAUUUCUGGUGUUUCUUUGUGACGGUGACACUAAUGAGAGCUUGAUCAAAAAGAUUUGGGUUGAUAUUUUUUACUGAGUGAAUCUGCAGAGCUGCUUUUCCAGGAGAUUUAACAUUCACAUUUUUCAGUUCAGUGAUUUCCUCUUCCAACAUUGCCCCAACCGAACAGGUUAACUCUGUUUACUUUAGGGUUCUUUUCUUGUUUAUGUGUCAUAUUUAUUAUGCCUGCUAUGUUUUAUAUAUAAGAUAUUGUUUAUAUUAUUUGCUUAAAUGAUUUGUAAAUUCUUUUUUUUUGUUGAUGUAGUCUUAAUAAUUUGCCAGGCAUGAAUGUGCUAUGAACCAAAAUCAUGUGUUUCCUCUUUCAGGAAUGACUUUAAAGUGUCUUACAGAAAUAAAAAGGCUGAAAUACUGAAAUACAA